UCAAGCACAGAGGAUACAAAGCAACGAGCUGUUGCAGUGAUUUUUGGUCAACAGCUAUCCUCUAGCAUAGUUUUUGUGGGGGAUUCUCUACAGUGCCUGAGCAUGCAGGGCCAUUGGGUUGUGCUAGCUCUUUGCUGGCUGGGGCAGCUGUGUGUGGCUCAGAAUUUGAGGCCUCAGAUUGCAAACCCCAAACUUGCUACAAAUAAUCCUACCCUUACUACAAUUGCUCUAGAGAAACCUUUCUGUGUGUUUGAUGAUUCACUGUCUCCAGGUAGCUCCUAUGUGGUCUACUUGUAUGCAAUGGCUGACUCUGCAAGCACUGUAAACUCAGCUGUGACUGACAACAGCAGCAAACCUCUCAACACCACUUUCCAAGACACCAACGGAGGACAACUUGGACCUUACAGGGCUGCAUUGUUUAAUGUGCCCAAUUGUGCAUCGCCCCCCCUGCUGGCUGAUGUUGUAAAUGUGAAAAAAGUUUCAGAUGUCUUGAAACAAUACCUCUUCAGAGUGGGAGACGAUGUGACUUGUUUAUAUGACCCAAACUUCCCCGGUGCCUGUAACCCUCCUCUUGCCGAUGAUACAACCUACAGGUUUAAGUACCUCUUAGUAGAUGUGGUUGCAGGUGUUGUGAAAGACCAAACUCUCUGGUCUGAUCCAAUGAAAACCAGUAGGGUAAAACAGGCUUCAACAAUUGAUACCUGGCCUGGGCGAAGGAGUGGAGGAAUGAUUGUCAUCACCUCAAUCUUAAGCACUCUUAUGUUCCUUCUAGUUGUUGGAUUUCUUGCCUCCAUAUUCUUCUUUGUCAUGGCAGCAGGAGAGGCAUCCACAUCCACAGAGACCACACAUGAGUCUCAGACUACCCAGCAGGGUGUACCAAGAUCUCAGGGUAGCUCUGAGGGAGUGAACCAGUGAGCCUUGAGGGAAAGAAGAGUCCAUAUCCUGAACUUCAACUGAACAGCUACAAAUGUACUGAUAUUAAAGAAUUGCCCUUUUCUACUGAACGCUGAAUAGGUCAGAUUGAUUAGAUACUAAAGUUCAGUAACUGAAGCUGAAUGGCACAGGUGUUCUAUACAUAGUGUUCUGUCAACUCCUACAGCGCAGCACCACUAUCUUUAUUUGGCUGCUGUCACAAAUUAUGGCAGCAAGUAAUCUUGUCAUUAAGCUCGUGGCACUUCUAUCCUACAGUUAACUUGUUUGUGGUCGUAUGCUUCCAAAAACAGAGUGGUAGAGAGUUCUGACUCUAGAGUGCAGUUCAUAGUCCUCUGUGACUGCCUGGUUUAGUGGGAGGAGAGAGAAAAUGACCAAGUGUAUUGGUGUGAGCUAGAGUAACAUACUGAAAACUUUCAAGUUUACUGGCGUGGGCUAGGGUUAUUUAGUACAUAAUUUAUCCUUGUUUAUAAGUUAGAAGCUAAAUAAAUUCUAAAGCUGAACUCAACCUUUGAUUCUUCUUUAGCUUUUGACCUACAUGAGACUGUGAUGUAGGUAAAGAAAGGCUUCAUAUUGAGAAGGGUACUUAAGAGUGUAUGUAGUCUAAUAAAGGCUUGAUAGCAGCUGGCCUCUGAUCUGAUACAUUAAGCUCUUCAAUUGGCACCCUAUGAAUAACUGAAACUUAGUACCAAACUUUCCUUUAAAGAAGGGCAGAGGCAAACUAACAAACUGCUAGAAACUACAAAUGAGGGAUAUGGAUGCAUAUGGGAUCAGCAAAUUUCUCA